AUGAAGUUCCGCAGGUCGAUGAAGGGGGAGAAGGACAGCCGGCCACACCACAUCUCCAUCCCUCCCAAGGACGCCAUCGCCAUUGUGCCGCCGAAGAAGGUCAUAAAAGCCCUCUACGACUACUCGGCGCCGGAUCCGGACCCGAACUCGGGCUACCUCAGCUUCUCGCAGGGCGACUUCCUGCACGUCGUCGGCCGCGAAAACGACACCGACUGGUACGAGGCCUGCAAUCCCCUACAUGGCACGCGCGGACUCGUGCCCGUCACAUACUUCGAGCCCGUAGGAAAGACGGUGCGGGACAGCGCAAGUUCUACCAAGUCUAUGACCCCCAACCAGUCGACUGCCCCCCACGACUCUGGAUACCAGGAGCGCGUCACUAGCCCCGGCAGCUUGGAGAACAUCAUGAGCUCCGGCCGCAUGUCGAGGACAAUGGGCCUGGGCAAGGGCGCAAUGGUCUACGGCAUCGUCAUGUACGACUUCAAGGCGGAGCGCCCCGACGAGCUUGAGGCCAAGGAAGGAGAGGCCAUCAUAGUCAUCGCCCAGUCCAAUCCCGAGUGGUUCGUCGCAAAGCCCAUCACACGACUCGGCGGCCCCGGCCUGAUUCCAGUGUCCUUCAUUGAGAUCAGGGACAUGACGACCGGACAGGCCGUAACCGACCCGCAAGAGGCAGUCCGACGAGCAGGCGUGCCCAAGGUUGAAGAAUGGAAGAAGAUGGCAGCUGACUACAAGAACGGAAGCAUCCCGUUAGGCAAGCUCGAGACGAACUCGCAGCAAACCCUCCAACAGGGCAUGGAGCGAAUGAGCUUGGGCAGCCGGAGUCAGGCGAGCGGGGCAACCAACAGUGGAUAUGCCCAAGGCAAACCGGUCUCAUCUCACUCACGAAGCACCUCGCUCGUCCAGAAACAAUACCGUGCAUCUGACUCAAACCUGCUUGCGCCGGUCAAGGCAUGCGUGCCACGCUACUGCUUCGCAGAUGACAUUUUCUGGUUCAUCAUCGAAUGCCAGAUGGAGGAUGGUCGGCACUGGGAGUUGCAGCGCCUAUAUCAGGACUUUUAUGAUCUACAGAUCCAGCUAAUCGCCACAUAUCCCGUCGAGGCUGGCACUAGCGGCUCGAGCGAGCGCACCCUGCCGUUCAUGCCCGGCCCCGUCACUUACGUCACCGACAAUAUCUCUAACGGUCGCCGAGCUAACCUGGAUGAAUACAUCAAGAAUCUGCUCAAACUUGGGCCACACAUAACGAAUGGCGCUCUUGUCAAGGGCUUCUUUGCGCCCCGACAGGGCGACUACGAAAUCGAUCCCGAUGUCGUCGCCGCAGAAGAUUACCGCCUCUCGCAAACGUCCGGUCAGUCGUCGGAUCCAUCCCACGGAGCCUCGAGGCAGUCGUCUGCCGACCAGCUGCAGGCCACCACACCGCAGACGCCGUAUUCAACCGGGUCGAACUUUCCCGGUCACCAGCGAGGCCAUUCCAUUGGCAGCCAGCAGCAUGGUGGACUGAACCCGCCGCCAAUGCAGCACCAGCACUCGGGUCUCUCGACCACGUCCGUCUCCACCAACACUGGCACCGGCUCCGCGCUUAAGAUUAAGGUCUGGUUCGAUGAUAAUUGCGUCGUCAUCCGCAUGCCUUUGUCGCUCAAGUACGUGGACCUCUACAACAAAUUGAAAGAGCGCAUGGCGAUAGAUAAGCCGGAGUUGAAGGAUAAGGACCUCUAUGUCGAGUACAAGGACGAGAUCGAGAACCAAUACUACCCCAUCGAAAGCGAUGAGGAUCUAGCGAUUGCGGUGGAGAGGAACCCGAAACUGACCCUGUCAGUCACUACUACUGCAAGGUAA